CUUCUGUCCCUUUAAAAAAAACGCUUUUGGUUUUUUUUAAUGGUUGCAAGCUAUAGAUCAUAAUAAAAAAAACACAUUUCCCUCCUUUUUCCUGUUUGCUUGGUAAACAGAAUAGGUAUUUGGAUAUUAAACACCGCUCAUCAUUCGACAAGAGGCUGCGUUGAGGAACAGUUGGGACGGGAUUUUAAGCGAGGAUGGAGGAGGUGCAGCAGAACAGCAAUGGCACUGAAACACAGACCAUCACCAUCCCAACCACUAUCAGCGCCUCCCAGAUCUCACAAAUAGCCCAGCAGAUGUCCCUGGGGGGCUCUCCGGUGACGCUGGUCCAGCUGCCGGGGGGUCAGUUCCAGGUGCAGGGGGUGAUCCAGUCGGCCCAGUCCUCAGUCAUCCAGUCUCCGCAGGUGCAGCACGUGCAGGGCGGGUCGGAUACCGACGACUCCCAGGACUCCUCCGACAGCGGGAGCUCCGCCCACAAGACUCGCGAGCUCCUGGCCAGACGGCCGUCCUACAGAAAAAUUCUGAAUGAAUUGUCUGCGGAGGAGUUGACCUCUCGGAACGAGGGAGAGGAGGAGAACCCUUCAUCCACGGCGGCCACAGCGAUGACCGUCCCCACUCCCAUCUACCAGACCAGCACCGGCCAAUACAUUGCCAUCACGCCCAACGGGACAAUUCAGUUGGCCAGCCCGGGCACAGAGGGCGUUCAGACCCUCACCAUGACCAACUCGGGCACCACGCAGCCCGGACACACCAUCCUGCAGUACGCCCAGACGCCCGAUGGCCAGCAGAUCCUGGUGCCCAGCAACCAAGUGGUGGUUCAGAGUGCGGGCGGCGAGAUGCAGACGUUCCAGAUCCGCACGGCCACCAACACCAACUCCCUGCCCCAGACCGUCGUCAUGACGUCCCCCGUCAACAUCUCCCAGUCCACCAAGUCCGACGACCCACAGAUGAAGAGGGAGAUCCGGCUAGCGAAGAACAGGGAGGCGGCCCGUGAGUGUCGCAGGAAGAAGAAGGAGUAUGUGAAAUGCCUGGAGAACCGCGUGGCGGUGCUGGAGAACCAGAACAAGACGCUGAUCGAGGAGCUGAAGACGUUAAAGGACCUUUACUGUGUGAAGACGGGCUAACGAGCCGGAGCCAGAGCAGAACCUGGCCGCUCGCUAUGGACCACUGGGGACAGGGGACAGCGCCCUGUAUUUACCAUAUUCCUUUUAUUGGUUCCGUUUGGUUUUUUAUCCUUUGUUUAAAUGUGGUUAUCAGCAGCAGAACGAUAAAACAGCAUUUCGGCAAUGUUCGUGUGAAAACAGGUUUGUUUUUUUCGUCGAUUGAGAAAUAACUGAUGAAUUCACCAAAACCGUUUUUAUCGUUUUAUUUUAGGGACACACAGAAGCUGGAAUUGAGAGCAUUUAAAAAAAACAAAAAAAAAAAACAAGCAAUGCUUUUGUAAUUUUCAGAGUUUUUUUCUGCAAGCCAAGGUUUUUGUUCUCCAUUUUUAUUAACAUAGCAGUAGGAACGUGCAGUUUUAAUCUCUAAGACGCCGCAUUGUUGUGAGUGUAUCUAUGAAUUGUAAUCAUGUAUCUUUUUGUAAGUAAAACAUACUUUUCAGUUGUUUCUCUCCUUGGUUGAAGGCAUGGUGCAGAUCCUCUGUUACAUGUCCUGGUUUCCUGGGAACUCGAUGGAAAAGCUCCUGGAUGUUGGUGUCCUGGUGGGACGCUUUAUCAAGGAGCAGAAGUUGUAGUUCUGC